UUCCUGCCCGCCGACAGGCGGCGCGGGGCCCUUAAAGGGGCCGUUCCCGCCCGCCCCAGCGGGGCCGCGGGUUCGCGGCCCGGCCCGGCCUACUUCCGCCUCCAGGGCCUGGGCCCUGCCGCUGCUAUGGCCUGCCGCCUCCAGAAGCUUUUCGGGACCGACGGGGACCUGGCGGACGAGGUGAGGGACGGGACGGCACCCGCCUGGCACCGGUGACAGCCGUGGGGACACCGCCGGGGCCUGGCACCACCCCAACACCCAGGGGGGUGGCUUUAAACCCCCCCCCCCACCCACUGGCUGGUGGGUGCCGGUGGUGGUAACUCGUUAAACGGCGUUAACGAGUUAUUACGAGGUGGCUCGCCCUUGGGUUUAAUCCCCAGGGGCCAUCAGGGUAAGGUCCUGUGCUGGCCUGGUCACCCCAUGGGUGGCUGUGGGGGGGGGGACACGGGAGAGGGACUGGGGGGACGGGGCUGUUUGGCUGCCCGGUGCUUUCUCCUCCUGCAGGAUUUCCUGUCCGCCGUGGAGGACGCAGAGAACCAGUCUGUGGUCCCUGGACGUUUGUCACUCAGCGAUAGCCCAGUCUCUCCCAGUCUGCAGUCACCAGCUCCCAGUCUGCAGUCUCCAGCUCCCAGUCUGCAGCCCCUCCACCCAUUGGGACCCCAGCUCGGUCACCGUGCUGGUAAACCCCCUGGCCUGCGGCCCCUCGCCAGGCAGGGGGAACAGCCUGCGGGCUACCGGGGACCCCCAGCCGGGGGAGCGGCCCCCCAGGAUGAGCUGGACAAUGAUCUCUUCCUGGCUGCCUGCAUGGAGCUGGAGGGCCCCGAGCUGCCGGUGGGGGCCGGUGCUGCCCGGCCACCCCCAGGCCAGUGGGAGAAGCCCCCACAGAUACGCAUGGGGCAGGAGAGCCCCCGGGAAUGGGGGGCCCCCAAGAAGCUGCGGGUGGGCGAGGAGCUGGUCUCCCCUGGCUCCAGGGGGCUGGAGGACAGACAGGACCCCCUGCCUGCCCCACAGGCAGCUCCUGCUCCCAAGCUGGUGCUGCGGCCCAGCGCAGCUGGUGCCUGCCCCCCCAGACCCCCCACCAUCCCCCUGGGAAAACCAGGUGGCUCCUGGGGCUCUGUCCCCGCUCCCAGGGGUCCAGCCCUGAGGCCUUUCCAAGCAUCCCUGUGUCGGCCGGGAGCGAGCAGCUCCUCCGCGGGGCUGCGGGUGCCCCGGACCCCCAUGGCACAGACUCCCCGGCAGAGCUGCCCCCCACCCCGGCUGCCCCCUGGGCCUCCCACCAACCCGCCAGCCUUGAUGAGCUGUGUGGAGCCCCCGCCGAGGCAGCCGCCCAGGCCGGCCCCAGGCAACCUGCAGACGCCAGUGGUCACCAACCACCUCGUGCAGUUGGUGACGGCGGCCAGCAAAGCACCCGGGGCUGCCCCCCGUCUCCCACCGCAGGGGAAGACUCGCCGGUUCCCGGGGCCUGCUGGGAUCCUGCCCCAGCAGCACGCUGGGAAGCUGCUGGAGGAGAUCCUUGUUUCUGCUCCCCAAACUCCAGCUCAUGGGGCUGUGGCGAAGCCGCGGACAGAGGGACUGCCCAGCUCCUCGCCACCCACAGAAGAGGAUUUUGGGAAGGGCCCCUGGCUUGCCAUGAAGACAGAGCUGGGGCUGGACGAGAGGGACCCUGGCUGCUUCCUCAGGACCUACAGCGUGGUCAUGGUGCUGCGGAAGGCAGCCUUGAAGCAGCUCCCAAAGAACAAGGUCCCCAGCAUGGCAGUAAUGAUCAAGACCCUGACCAGGACCAAUGUUGACGCUGGUGCCGUGUUCAGGGACCCGACUGGAGAAAUACAGGGCACGGUGCAUCGCCUGCUGCUGGAAGAGAGACAGAGCGAGCUCAGGCCCGGCUCGGUGCUGCUCCUGAAGCAGGUGGGUGUCUUCUCCCCGUCCCACCGCAACCACUACCUCAACGUCACUCCCAACAACCUGCUCAAGAUCUACCCGCCGGAGCCCGAGGGCAGCUUCUCACAGUCGUCGCCGUCGCAGCAGAAGGUCCCUGCCCAGGCUGGGCUAUUCCUGGACCACCCUGCACAGUCCCUCCGGCAUGUCCCUGCCCCUGGGGAUUGGGGACGAUCGAGGAUGGGCAGCCACAGCACAGAGCGGUCUCCUGGGGGCUUCUCCCUGCACCUGCAGAGCCCCGGACCUGGGCGAGAAGAGCCAGUGGGAGCUGACGUCUGCGACAUGGAUGAUCUGGAUGGGCUACUGGGAGAGCUGCCUGAGGAUUUCUUCUCCACUCCGGCCCAAGCUGACUGCUGCUGACCUCAGGGAGCUGCAGCACAGCCAUGGGGCUGGGGAGACGGUUACUGCUGGUGUGGUCUGGGCUGAACCGUGGCCUGGCAAGGAGGCCGAGCAAGCAGGCGAUGCACUGGCCAGCCACCUCCUCCUUUCUCUGUACGUCUGUUGUGUUUGUUCUGGAGCCGAGAGCAGGGGGACCUGGGGAGUCCUGGGUGGACACGGCCUCAGUGCCUGUCCCCAGUCCUCUGGGCGGGCUGGUCCCUCUUGGCUCCCAAACCUGCAUUAAAGGGCUGUUCUGUCCCUGC